GCACAAUCUACGUGCUGACUUCCGGUGCAAGGCAUCAAUUUACGACCAGGCUAUUUGGCUGCACUGGCAUUAAAGUUUCUGUCAACUGCAUUUGUUUGUUUUUUCCUCCAAGAUGUCUCGAGGGUCUAUCGAGAUCCCUCUGCGGGACACCGAUGAGGUCAUCGAGCUUGAUUUUGAUCAACUGCCUGAAGGUGAUGAGGUCAUCAGUAUCCUGAAGCAGGAGCACACACAGCUCCACAUAUGGAUUGCCUUGGCGCUGGAGUACUACAAGCAGGGCAAAACAGAGGACUUUGUCAAACUCCUGGAGGCGGCACGUAUCGAUGGGAACCUGGAUUACAGCGACCACGAAAAGGAUCAGAUGACAUGUCUAGACACUCUGGCAGCUUACUACGUGCAGCAGGCACGCAAGGAAAAGAACAAAGAUGCCAAAAAAGAGCUCAUCACACAGGCCACACUCUUGUACACAAUGGCAGACAAGAUCAUUAUGUAUGAUCAGAACCAUUUGCUGGGUCGAGCUUGUUUUUGCCUACUGGAAGGAGACAAGAUGGACCAGGCUGACGCUCAGUUCCAAUUUGUCCUCAACCAGUCCACCAAUAACAUCCCUGCGUUACUUGGAAAGGCUUGCAUCUCCUUCAAUAAAAAAGAUUACAGAGGAGCACUGGCGUACUACAAAAAGGCUCUGCGCACAAACCCCGGCUGUCCAGCCGAGGUAAGGCUGGGUAUGGGCCACUGCUUCGUCAAGCUCAACAAACUGGAGAAAGCUCGCCUGGCGUUCGGUCGGGCCCUGGAGCUCAACCCCAAAUGCGUGGGAGCCCUCGUGGGCCUGGCUGUGCUGGAGCUCAACAGCAAGGAGGCCGACUCCAUCAAGAACGGAGUGCAACUCCUGUCGCGCGCCUACACCAUCGACCCCAGCAACCCAAUGGUGCUCAACCACCUCGCCAACCACUUCUUCUUCAAAAAGGACUACAGCAAAGUUCAGCACCUGGCAUUGCAUGCUUUCCACAACACGGAGGUGGAGGCCAUGCAGGCGGAGAGCUGCUACCAGUUGGCUCGAUCUUUUCAUGUGCAGGAGGAUUACGACCAAGCCUUUCAGUAUUACUACCAGGCCACCCAGUUUGCUUCGUCCACCUUCGUGUUGCCCUUCUUCGGCCUGGGACAGAUGUAUGUUUAUCGAAGAGACAAAGAGAAUGCAGCCCAGUGCUUCGAAAAGGUUUUGAAGGCCUACCCCAACAACUAUGAGACCAUCAAAAUUCUGGGCUCCCUGUAUGCAACAUCUGACGACCAGGAAAAACGAGACAUUGCCAAAGGUCACCUGAAGAAGGUAACCGAGCAGUACCCCGACGACGUGGAAGCCUGGAUCGAGCUGGCUCAGAUCCUGGAGCAAACCGACAUCCAAGGCGCGCUGUCUGCGUACGGCACAGCCACCCGCAUCCUGCAGGAGAAAGUGCAGGCGGACGUGCCGCCGGAGAUCCUCAACAACCUGGGGGCGCUUCAUUUCCGGCUGGGUAACCUGGAAGAGGCCAAGAAAUACUUCCUUGCCUCUCUGGAGCGGGCCAAAGCCGAGGGAGAGCACGACGAGCACUACUAUAACGCCAUUUCCGUCACCACCUCCUACAAUCUGGCGCGUCUGUACGAGGCCAUGUGUGAAUUCCACGAGGCGGAGAAGCUCUACAAAAAUAUUCUGAGGGAGCAUCCCAACUAUGUGGACUGCUAUUUGCGACUCGGCGCGAUGGCACGCGACAAAGGCAAUUUCUACGAGGCUUCUGAUUGGUUCAAAGAGGCCCUUCAGAUUAAUCAGGAUCACCCGGAUGCCUGGUCCCUCAUAGGGAACCUCCACUUGGCCAAACAGGAAUGGGGGCCCGGUCAAAAGAAGUUUGAGCGUAUUCUGAAGCAGCCGUCCACGCAGAAUGACACCUACUCCAUGUUGGCUCUGGGCAACGUGUGGCUGCAGACCCUCCACCAGCCCACAAGAGACCGCGAGAAGGAAAAGAGACACCAGGAUCGCGCCUUGGCUAUUUACAAACAGGUCCUGCGAAAUGAUGCCAAGAACCUCUAUGCGGCCAACGGAAUUGGUGCCGUCCUAGCCCAUAAGGGCUACUUCAGAGAGGCCCGGGAUGUGUUUGCACAAGUAAGGGAGGCUACGGCCGACAUCAGCGACGUGUGGUUGAAUCUGGCUCACAUCUACGUGGAGCAGAAGCAGUACAUCAGCGCUGUGCAGAUGUAUGAGAACUGCCUCAAGAAGUUUUACAAACACCAGAACACGGAAGUGUUGCUCUACUUGGCGCGAGCACUCUUUAAAUGUGGCAAACUCCAGGAGUGCAAGCAGAUGCUGCUGAAGGCCCGCCACGUGGCACCCAAUGAUACGGUCCUCAUGUUCAACGUGGCCCUGGUGCUUCAGCGGCUCGCCACUCUGGUGCUCAAGGAUGAGAAGAGUAACCUGAAGGCUGUGCUGAGCUCUGUCAAAGAGCUGGAACUCGCUCACAGGUAUUUCAGUUACCUCAGCAAAGCUGGAGACAAGAUGAGAUUUGACCUUGCACAUGCAGCUUCUGAAGCUAGGCAGUGCUCCGAUCUGCUGAGUCAGGCUCAGUACCACGUGGCACGCGCCAGAAAACAGGACGAGGAGGAGAAGGAACUCCGGGCCAAACAAGAGCAAGAGCGCGACCUGUUACGCCAGCAGUUGAUGAAGGAGCAGGAGGAGAAGAAGAGCCGGGAAGCUGAGGAGACGAAGAAGCUGUUGGAACAGAGAGCUUUGUAUGUAGAGAAGACCAAGAACUUGCUCAACUUCACCGAGGGCGUCUCCAAGGAGAAGAAAAAGGGCGGUGGUGGAGGUGGCGGACGUCGCAAGAAGGGAGGCGACAUGGACGAGUUUGUCAAUGACGACUCCGACGAAGAUCUGCCCAUAAAGAAAAAGAAGAAGAAGAAGGCAGCCAGCGGGAGCGAGCAGGACGAGGGUGAAGACGGAGAAAGGAAGGCCCGCCGGAAGAGAAAGAAAGGUAGAGAAGACAGCGAUGAAGAAGGAGCGCAAUCCAAGAAGCAGCGCAAAACCAAAGAGCGCAAGAGGAUCGAAAAGUUUCAGCUUGAGCGUCCCCCGCCUUCUCUCAAAGGCAAGAUCAAGUCAAAGGCAAUUAUCUCGUCUUCUGAGUCUUCAGACGAGGAUGGCCUGAAAAUAGCAGAGGACAGGAACCAAAGAGACAGCGGUUCCGGAUCCGACGAUGAUGACGACGACGACCACAGGAAGCGCAUCGUAUCGGAAAGCGACUCCGACGCCGGUAGGAACCGCUCCGGCAGCGAGGCGGGCAGCCCUCAGAGAAGGAACCGCUCCGGCAGCGAGGCGGGCAGCCCUCAGAGAAGGAACCGCUCGGGCAGUGAAGCGGGCAGCCCUCAACGAUCCGUGGGCAGCCCCCAGCGCUCGGCAGGCUCCGACGACGAUGACUCUGGCAGCGACCGUCCGGUGAAGAAGAGGAGGGCGCAGCAACAGUCUGACUCGGACCAGUCAGACAACGAGAGCAAGAGGUCGGGAUCGGACGACGAGUCCCGACCCGGUUCACCUGUCGCGGCAUCAGAGCGAGAAUCAGAACCGGGGUCUGACAACGAAGGGUCCCCUCGCCGCUCUGACAACGAAGGGUCCCCUCGCCGCUCUGACAAUGCAUCAGAACCCGAGGGCUCCAACAAUGACGAUGACAGUGAUUAGGUUUUGACAGACGUGCCUCAUUUAUGCCAAUACUUAGUUUUUCUUUUUUAGAACAGCAUUACCAUGUACCGUCUUAUUUAGUUCUGUCCCAAAAGAUGAAUGUUUGAAAAGUGGGAAAUACUGUAUUUUAUGUCAACCUAAAGACAAAUGACAUUAAAAAAUGUUCUUCACUUUUUU